AUGACUCCUAUGAAAAUGAAAAGUCUCGUCUUAUUCUCUAUAGUGAUAUCAAUGAAUCAUGUUCGAAUGAUCGAUGCUGAUGCUGAUGCUGAUGCUGAUGCUGAUUCUGGUCUCGAUGCUCUAACAAAGGUAUUCGAGGUCAAUGUCUACGAUAAUCUUCCUAAUGGCAAUUCUAAUUUAAUAACUCAUUGUCAAUCUAAGGACAACGAUUUUGGAAAUCAUAAGCUUUAUUUGAAUCAAUAUCAGAGAUGGAGUUUCCAUCAAAAUAUAUUUAAGACGACUCUAUACUUUUGUUAUUUUACGUGGAAUGGGAAGCAUCAAACAUUCGAUGUGUUCAACAAACAUUUGGCCGGAGACUGUCAAACCGGUGUUGGUGGUAACGUGUGCAGUUGGAUAGUUAAGUCGGAUGGUUUCUAUUUUAGUCCAAAUAGGUUAACUCCUGCUGGUCCUAUUGGUAACUUGGAUAAAAGGUACAAUUGGAAGUGA